UACUUGGGAAAGCUCCGUGGUCUUUUGUUGGAGAAAAGCCAGGCCGAGUAUAUGCCUGAAAAAAUACUUUCUGUAGGCCUAAGAGUUCGAUUCAGCGGACCUUGGCCGCCCACGUGGAAGGAGGAGGAUUCCCCUCCGCUCGUGGAAACUGCUGCAGAAUCCAAGGGUCAAUUAUAGAUCAUUCUGAUCGUGAAUCGGAGAGAGGAGCGGGCGAGAAAAAAGGCUGGAGAGUAAUGAGGGAUUAGGGUACCCAUCGCAGAUUCUGAAGCCUAAGGAAGGAGAUGGAAGGAAUCUUGAGCCCUAAAGAAUCUGCCAAGUUUAUAGCAGAAAACAGCAAAGAUGUGUCCAUAGAAGAUGACGGUAUACGAAGAAUUGCAGAAAUGCUGUUUGACAAAGUCUUAGAGAAGCAGUUCAGCAUAACCAGCUGGAAGUCCUCUCAUGAGCUGAACCCUCAAGCAGUGACUGAAGAUGCAGUGAACUGGGUGUUCCUUGUUGAUGCCCUCAAUUUUUCUUUUUGGUCUGAACAUGAAGAUCAUAAAUGUCUAGUGAAGUAUAAGGGCAAACCCUACAGUGGCUACUGGUCUCUUUGUGCAGCAGUCAACAGAGCACUCGAUGAAGGAAUACCCAUUACUAGUGCCUCAUAUUAUGCUACUAUGACACUGGAGCAAGUGAAGCAUGCAUUCCGCUCGGACACAGAUGUUCCCAUGCCUUUAAUUGAGGAAAGGCAUCAUGUGCUGAAUGAGACGGGGACAGUUCUCCUGGAGAAAUUUGGAGGCUCUUUCCUUGCAUGUGUUAAACAAAGUGGGAAAAGUGCCCAGAAAUUAUUACAAAUAAUAGUGGAAAAUUUCCCAUCCUUUAGAGAUGAGGCUAUAUUUCAGGGUAGAAAAGUAGCUUUUUACAAGCGGGCUCAAAUUCUUGUAGCUGAUACUUGGAGUGUGCUGGAAGGAAAGGGAGAUGGCUGCUUCAGUGACAUUUCCAGUGUGACUAUAUUUGCUGACUAUCGGAUACCCCAGGUGCUUGUUUACUUAGGAGCAAUGAAAUAUUCUGAUGAAUUGAUGAAAAAACUCAAAGAAGGGCACAUGUUUCAAUCUGGAGAUAAACAGGAAGUGGAGAUCCGAGGUUGCUCUAUUUGGUGCUGUGACCUCAUUUGUAAUUGCUUAUUGGACCUUUAUAAAAAGAAAGGUGAGGAUAUGAGUGGGAAGAUCAAUGCAGUUUUCCUUGAUUAUUACCUAUGGGACUAUGCUCGGGAUCAUCGGGAAGAAAUGAAAGGAAUUCCAUUUCAUCAUGUACGUUGCAUAUACUAUUAACGCUGUCUAUAAGAAUAAUAUUCUAGUAUAGUAUAAAAAUGUAUAUAAGUUUGAAAUUUACAAACAGUUUGGAAGAAACUGCCCAUGUAUUCCUGCCACCCUCCUGAUUUUAAACUUUUAGUGGCUAUUAUCUAUGUCCAUCUUUUUAAAGAGCAUUUUUAUGAUGUUUAUAGUUUUACAUACAGAUUCUUUGAUGUUGUUCAUGUUAUUUCAAGCUGGUUCUGCAAUAAGUAUGCUAGGGUUGCUAUUUGUUGUUCUUGCAAGACUUUUGUUCAAUAAAGGCAUUCUAUGAUAUAA